AUGACAUUUCUUCAACUUCUAGCAAUUUUUAAUGGCUUUCUAUUCAUGGAAAUCAAUGGAUACAACUUGGUCGAUCAAGAACCUGAAGUCCAGUGUAAAGAGAGUGAAAGAGAAGCUCUUCUUGGAUUCAAGAAAGGAUUCAGGAACCAUUUCAGCUACUUCUCGUCUUGGAAACCAGAAGAGGAUUGCUGUCAAUGGAAAAGAGUUGAAUGCAACCACAAAACUGGCCAUGUUAUUGCCCUUAAUCUCCGGGGAAACAAAGAAAAUGUGUCUGAACAAUUGCAAGGUGAGAUAAAUAGAUCUUUGCUUCACUUGCCUUAUCUGAGUUUUCUAGACCUAAGCCAGAAUGAUUUCAACCAAAUUCAAAUCCCUGAGUUCUUUGGUUCUCUUUCUAGUUUAAAUUAUCUCAACUUGUCCAAUUCCAAAUUUAAGGGAACUAUUCCUGACCAGCUAGGAAAUCUUUCUAGCUUGCACGAGCUUGACUUGAGUGCUAAUGGUUUUUCUCCCAAGUCUAAUAAUCUUGAUUGGGUUAGAGGUCUUUCUUCCUUGAGAGUCCUUGAUUUGGGAGAAGUAGAUCUUAGCAAUGCAUGCAAUUGGCUCGAAGCAAUCAAUAUGUUACCUUUUCUCAGAGAGUUGAGAUUAUUUGCUUGCAAACUUCACAAGCUUCCUGAAUCUCUGCCCCAUGUAAAUUUCACUUCCCUUGAGAUCCUUGAUCUUUCACUAAACAGUUUCAACUGUUCGAUACCCAGUUGGUUAUUCAAAAUUAGCCACAGUCUUGUUGAGCUACAACUGAGAAGAAAUCAAUUGCAUGGUCUGAUUCCUGAUGCUUUCGGGAACAUGACUUCUCUAGUUGAGCUUGACUUCUCGGAGAAUAAUCUCCAAGGUCAUGUACCAAAAAGCCUGGCAAAACUUUCAAGAUUAAUUGUCCUGAACUUUGCUUGGAAUUCCUUGGAAGGUACUGUCUCCCAUGUUCAAUUACUAAAUCUCAGCAACUUGAGAGUGUUAGAGCUUUCUUCAAACCAGUUGGCAUUUAAUGUGAGCUCAAACUGGAUUCCCACAUUUCAGCUGGAGAUUGUAGGUCUAAGUUGUUGCCAUCUUGGACUGCAAUUUCCAAAAUGGCUCCGAACUCAGAAAAGUUUCUCUUUCAUAGAUAUCUCAAAUUCUGGAAUUUCAGACAUUGUGCCCAAUUGGUUUUGGAAUCUCUCCCCAGGAGUUAGAUGCAUGAAUCUUUCUUUCAAUGGCCUCAGAGGAAAUGUGCCUGAUUUGUCAUUGAAAAGUGAGCUCUCAAUAAUAGAUUUGACUUGGAAUAGAUUUUCAGGACCCGUUCCUCUUUUCUCUCCCAAAAUGAGGGUUGUGAUCCUGUCAAGAAAUUUAUUUUCUGGAGAAAUAUCCAAUUUGUGUGAGAUGAUGAGCGAAAACAAUUCGCUUAGUUACCUCGCUUUGUCCAACAAUCUUCUGUCAGGACCAAUUCCAGAUUGCUGGACUCGUGGGCAAGAUUUGCAGGUACUAAACUUAGCUAGCAAUAAUCUCUCUGGCGAAAUACCUGGCUCAAUUGGUUCUCUAGUUCAACUUAAAUUGUUGAUAUUGGAGAACAAUAGUCUUCAUGGAGAAAUUCCCUCAGCUUUAAAGAGUUGUACAAGUUUGUUAGUCCUUCAUCUGGGGCUAAACAACUUAUGUGGAGGUGUACCAGAAUGGAUUGGAGAAAUAUGUUUGUUGAUGGUUCUUGGCUUAAAUUCAAAUGCACUAGAAGGGUUUAUUCCCCUGCAGCUAUGCCAGCUAAAAGCCUUGAAAUUUCUGAACCUUUCUUCAAAUCAUCUGUCAGGACAGAUUCCUCAAUGUGUUGACACUUUAUAUGCGAUGACAGAGACAGGCAGUGGCUGUUCUUACACUCACGGCCUGAGCACUCUCACCAAUGGGACAAUCAAAAAGACGCAGCUUCUCUUUCCCCUCGUUUUUCCGAUUGUGAAGCGGCUAGACCUUUCAUCAAACAAUUUUUCUGGAGAAAUCCCACCUCAAGUCAUGAAACUAAUUGGAUUGGUUGGCUUGAACUUGUCCAGGAAUAGGUUAACAGGAACUAUCCCACCAAACAUUGGUGGAAUGGAAGCUCUAGGAUCUCUUGAUGUGUGUCCUGGAAUGAACUUUCAUGCACCAUUCCAGACAGCAUACUGA